AUGAUUCUCGUUGGAUCGAUCUUUUGCGUGCUCUUCGCAGCCGCUAAUUCGGCUGUUGUCUAUGGUCCCAGUGCUCAGUACUAUCCUACACGAACACCAACGAUUGCUGAAGCACUUCUCUUUGGCCCAAGUCAUAAAAAAGUUGUUCCAUUCGAUGCUAAAGCGAUUGAAGACGCGGCAAAUAGUUUUACUGAUGAGCAAGUCAAUCGUGGUGUAGUAGUCUUUGUUCUGCCUGGUACUGUAGUUGGUUUGGGUGCUGGCUCUCGAGCAACACCGUUCAUCAAAAAUGUUGGUAAAACAGGUCGCACUCGUAAGAUUCUCAUUACCCCAUUGAAUGGAUGGGGUUCAUGCAUGUUUAACGGUAGCGUCAAAAUUCAAUCAUGUUAUGGAGUUGCAUUCGGUGGCUUCAAAUUUAUUGGUGGUGACGCAUACGGUAAUAAAGCAGGUUUUCUUGCUCAAGACUGCACAGAAAGUUCAGUAUUCAAUUUGGCACCUUUGUCAACCUUCGGUGGUCAAACAAUUGAAAAUACGCCUUCAUGGGACAUUGAAUAUAUAAACAUAGUUACUCCAAAUGCCUUCCUUAAAUACGAUGCAGAUAAUAAUGCCGACACGGCUGCGUUCCGUACAGCUACAAAAGGUCCUGUUAGCGGUGUGCGCUUUCAAGGAUGUUAUUUCGCUCCAUCGUAUCGCGAACUUGGUUCGGUAGCACAUACUGAUACAUUUCAAUUCUCUGGUAACGCUGCAUACUCUGAUAUUCAAUAUGAGAACACCGUUGUUUUCGGAAGUACGAAUUCAGCACUUCAAGUUGGUGCUGCUAGUAAUUAUCGUCUACUUCGCACCCUUGUUAUCGGCGGUAAAACUGCUUGUGUACGUUACCCUGUUCCUCCCGGCGCUGAUGGUUACGCUGUCGGAUAUGUAACACCAAACGCACUGAACGGUGCUGCCACAAAUGCAUCUGCGAUCGAUUCACUUAUGAUUGGCUCAAUUGGUGCAACACGUUGGGCAUUUCAAUCUGGCUCAACUAUUGUUUACACUCCCCAAGCUAGUCAACAACCGGCGGCAGGAUUAAAAUGGAAUGUCGAUACUUCUUUGUCGAAUGUCGAUAAAGCAUGGAUCGAUGCGCGCGUUCCUUAUCCUACGGAAGCCUAUCUGAAAACGAUUUUUGGCAAUGCCGGACAAUCUGGCAACAAUUAA